AUUGGGUGAGCCAUUGAAAACUCUAGACACAGUCCCACCCAAUCCGCAAACUAAUCGUGUUUCCCAUCGGCAUUGAUAAUUGUUAUCCACUCAUUUAGCAGAAACAAGCAAAUAGAAUCAAACCAAAAAUGGAGACAACACUUUCCCUUUCUUCUUCUUCUUCGAUUCUCCCUAGGACUAGGCUUCCAAUCUCUUCAUCCUAUUCCAACUUAUCCUUCUCAGCUUCCAAUUCUAACACUACAUCACUUCUCUUGAAGAAAGCCAGAACCAGAACCAGAAGCACAAAGCGUUUUACUUGCAACGCCUUCUUUGGAUUAGGCGUGCCCGAGCUUGUUGUUAUUGCCGGAGUUGCUGCUCUUGUUUUCGGUCCCAAGAAAUUGCCUGAAGUUGGUCGCAGCAUCGGCAAAACCGUCAAAAGCUUCCAACAGGCAGCAAAGGAGUUUGAGACCGAGUUAAAAAAGGAGCCUAAUUCUACUGAAGAAAUUUCUGUUACGAAUGACCAAGAGGAUCAAGAUAACAAGGUUUCUAGUACAAAGGAUAGUGUAUGAGAUUAAAUUCUAAGUAGAUAUAUUCUUAAUAAAAUUGUACCAUGGUGUUAUGCAUUUAAAACAAGAGCUAUUCUAUAUAUUAAGAUAUAGAAAGUCUUUUAUUUUUCUUCUUUGUGGUAGUUUAGGUACCUUUUUUUGUUACAAGGAACAUGGGUAGUUAAAGAAUAAUUGAGGAAGUUUACCUAAAGCAAUUCGAAGCUUUUUUCUUUGAA